GGAGCAAUGCGAGCAGUCACUGUGGAAAUGCAGCAGAAUAGAGUCGUGAUGAUUUUGUCUAUAAAGGUGGAUGUAUUGAUGCACGGAGAGUGACAGAUGUCAUGUCUUAUCUCAGGUGCUCAGAAGCGGUGCUUUUACUCUUUGCAUUUGUGCAACUCACUGCAGCCUUGAAGUGUGUGUGUCACUUGUGUGUAAACCACACCUGUGAGACGGAGGCAGAAGGAGCAUGUUGGAACUCAGUAAUGCUUAUAAAUGGGAAGGAGAAGGCAGUGAAGUCUUGCAUGUCCCCAUCACAGCUCAAGGGUCAGGUGUUCUGCCACAGCUCCCGAAACGUCUCCAAACGCAACUGCUGCUUUACAGACUUCUGCAACAAUGAGACGCUGCACCUCAGUCCAGAGCCACCGCCUGAGGGGUCUGGGUGGAGUCAGCUGGAACUAGCAGCCGUAAUUCUUGUGCCAUCAUGCCUGGUGUGUGUAGGUGUCAUUCUGGGAAUGUGUGCCAUACAAAACCUGCAGUGCAACCACAUCAAAGCCCACAAACAGGAUCCAGAGGAGCCCCUGGAUGACCAGGCUCUGGUGUCAACUGACAAAUGCCUAAAAGAGCUCAUCUAUGACAUGAACACCUCUGGCUCGGGAUCAGGAUUGCCCCUAUUGGUCCAGAGAACAAUUGCUCGAACUAUUGUCCUCCAGGAGAGUAUUGGGAAGGGGCGCUUUGGGGAAGUGUGGAGGGGCAAAUGGAGUGGGGAGGACGUCGCUGUGAAGAUCUUCUCUUCACGAGAUGAGCGUUCCUGGUUUCGUGAAGCUGAGAUUUAUCAGACUAUCAUGCUACGACAUGAGAAUAUUCUGGGUUUUAUUGCUGCUGAUAACAAAGAUAAUGGCUCAUGGACACAACUGUGGCUGGUGUCUGAGUAUCAUGAGCACGGGUCUCUCUUUGAUUACCUGAACAGAUACACAGUAUCAGUGGAGGGGAUGAUAGUUUUGGCACUGUCCAUUGCCAGCGGCAUUGCCCACCUGCACAUGGAGAUUAUUGGCACUCAAGGGAAGCCUGCCAUUGCUCACAGAGACAUAAAGUCAAAGAACAUCCUGGUUAAGAAGAAUGGAACUGCCGUGAUUGCUGAUCUUGGUCUUGCUGUCAAACAUGACUCAAACACCAACAAUAUUGACAUCCCCAUUAACCACAGAGUGGGCACCAAGAGGUACAUGGCUCCCGAGAUCCUGGAUGAUUCCGUAAACAUGAGCAGCUUUGAGUCAUUUAAGCGUGCUGAUAUCUAUUCAAUGGGCCUGGUGUUCUGGGAACUUGCUCACAGAUGCUCCAUCCAAGGGAUUUAUGAAGAUUUCCAGUUGCCUUAUUAUGAGCAGGUACAAUCAGACCCAUCAAUGGAUGAUAUGAGGAAAGUGGUGUGUGAACAGAAACUCCGACCCAGCAUUCCCAACCAAUGGCAGAGCUGUGAGGCACUGAGGGUUAUGGGAAAGAUCAUGCGGGAGUGCUGGUAUGCCAAUCCAGCUGCUCGGCUAACAGCACUACGUGUCAAGAAAACUGUAUCUCAGGUAACUGUGGUCAAGGACAAUAAAGAGUAACCCAGCAGCCUGGUGCCCCUCUCAUCUCUGUCUGUCAGUGUUAUUGGGACAUUUAAGAUGCUCAGCUGAGGUGCCAAAGAUUCUAGGAGUUUAAGAGGGAAAUAUUAUCUUGUGUUGACACCUGAGCAUUUGAAUAAUUAAUGAAAGAGAGUGUAUUUUUGUCUCUUAGUCAAUAGAUGGAGAUAGAGUACUGAUAUACUGCUACCUCGACUGAUCUUGUAAGUGCCAAAUGCUUUGAGUUGCAAGUUAUGCUUUGUGCCAUUAAUGUUUUGUUUGCUGUAACUUACAAAUAUAAAGUGUAUUUUUGAACAGAAAAAAUGUAUUAUGAACAGUGUCAAAAUGUCUACACACACACACACACACACACACACACACACACACACACACACACACACACACACACACACACACACACACACACACACACACACACACACACACACACCUACAAACAGGACCAACAUAAGUGUUGAUGUCAGACAGCGUAAUGUGGUCUGCAAAAGUUGUUUUUUAGCCAAGCUUUGUGCAGAUUGUGGUUUCCUGGCACUAUUUUUUUUUUUCGACAGCUCACAUCACUUUUGAUUGUACUGUGUAUCUGCAGAAACCUGAAGGAUGAUUUCCUGUAAGCCCUGUAAUUUCUGAAUCUAAAGAUAAUAGUUUGUGUUUUGUGCAUGGGAAGAUGUCUGGGAAAAACCCUGUUGUCUGAAGAGGGAAAAAAAAAAACUGUAUGUAACUGAUCAUCCAAAAGCCAGAUUCUUCAUCUGGAGCAGGGGUCUCCAACCUUUUAUACACUACGGACAGGUGAAAAUAUUUUUGUGGACCAGCUGGGCAUCAGUGGGGUGCUUGAGGUGUGAUCAGUACAAUCAUGAAUUAUUAUUAUUAUUAUUAUUAUUUUAAAUUUACAUGAAAUCAACAAAAUUAUGAUUCAUUAAGCUGUUGAUGUGGCUGAUAAUUUUAACAACUUCAUUCUGAAGUUCUGGACAUUUUACGCCUAUAUGGCUAUAUUGUGUGUAGAUUAAAGUUAGGCACAAAUUCUCUGACUCGAGUAGUGAGACCAGACAGCCGUCCAUUCAUAGAUGCUGCUCUGUCUUUACAUAUUCCAAUUCAAAAGGAUCAAAUUUGCCUGAUAUGUAGUCAUUCAGAGACUUGAAAAUCAAGUCUCCCCAGUUGUACUAGAUGGCAUUAAACACAUCCACAUCUUCAUGCACAUUGGCUUCACAUAUAUAUUGCACAUAAACCAGUAGUAUUUCCUUGUUGUCAACCAUUGGUCAAUUUGUCGAGCUGCAGCACAUACCACGAGCACAGACCACCUGGUGUCUAAAGGUGUAGCUAUAUUUGUGGACAUGGUGGCGUUCAGCAGUUGAUGUUGCUCUGCUUGUUCAUGUUUUUCCAUUCAAAGUAAUUUUGAAAUUUUGAGGGUUUCAUUGACCCUUUAGCUAAUAUAUUCACAUUAUGAACAUGGGUUUUGGAGCUGCCCAUAGCCACAAAAACAUAUUUUAGAUACGUCAUCACAUUUUUGAUUAAAGGCCUCCCUUUUCUUAUCAGUAGGUGUGUAAUCACCAUUCCAUGUACUUUUUCUACCUCCUUCACUAAACAAAGGGAUGCUGCAAGAAUGAAACUGAUGUAUUCUGAAAUAACGGCCUCUCUGUAAAUUCAGAUAGUGGCACUUAUUCAGUAAAUGAUAUAGAAACGUUUUGCUGCACAGACAUUUUCCCCAGAUUGUUCAUGUGACCAA